UGAGUAAUUUAGCUGUUUUGGACUGACUUUCACCACACUUUAUUUUAUUUUGGACAGCUUCAUACACAGACGUUAUAUCAUAUUCCGCUGGAUACUUUUACAUGGAAUAGUUCUGGAUCCAACUCACAUUUUUGUUUGUUUCUUUAUGGAUGGCAUGGCUUUUGAAGGAACGUGAUUUUUCAUAAGUGUUUACAAACUCGUGGGAAACUCCAAACAAAGUUACUGUUCAAGAGAAGUUUAAUUCCGAAGAUGGAUCAGCAGGCUGCUGGAGGGGAGGACCCAAAUAAACCCCCCAAAAAGAAAUCCAGUGAGGAUGAGAGCAAAAACAAAAAACUGAACAUACACAUAAAAACAUUGGCUGAUGACAUGCGUGACAGAAUCACCAGUUUUCGAAAGCAAGGCACGAAGAAGGAGAAGCUUCUUAUCCAGCACCCCACAGACCCUAUCUCCUUCCAGACUGAGCUGCCUGUGCCCCAGCCGCUCUUCGACGAUCGCUCCAUGAACCUGUCAGAGAAAGAGAUCGUGGACUUGUUUGAGAAGAUGAUGGAGGACAUGAACCUGAAUGAAGAGCGUAAGGCCCCCCUGCGAGGGAAGGACCUGAGCACUAAACGGGAGAUGGUGGUCCAGUACAUUUCUGCAACAGCCAAAUCUAUAACUGGGAGCAAAGUUGCGGGUGGACUGAGGAACAGCAAGCACGAGUGUACUCUCUCGUCACAGGAGUACGUGCACGAGCUGCGCUCAGGCAUCUCCGAAGACAAACUGCUCAUCUGCCUGGAGUCCCUGCGCGUGUCCUUGACCAGCAACCCCGUCAGCUGGGUGAAUAACUUUGGCUAUGAAGGUCUCGGGCUGCUUUUGGAUGUGCUGGAGAGGCUUCUUGACAAGAAACAGCAAGAGAACAUUGACAAGAAGAACCAGCAUAAACUCAUUCAGUGCCUCAAGGCCUUCAUGAACAAUAAGUUUGGCCUCCAACGGAUCUUGGGGGACGAACGAAGCCUCCUCCUCCUCGCAAGGGCGAUCGAUCCUAAGCAGACUAAUAUGAUGACUGAGAUUGUCAAGAUCCUGUCAGCUGUUUGUAUCAUCGGAGAGGAGAACAUUCUGGAUAAGAUCCUGGCAGCCAUGACCAUUGCUGCGGAGAGGAAUAAUAAGGAGAGGUUUGCUCCGAUAGUGGAGGGGCUGGAGAACCACGAAGCCCAGCAGCUACAGGAGGCCUGCAUGCAGCUGAUCAAUGCCCUCGUUACAUCGCCAGAUGAUUUAGACUUCAGGAUACACUUACGAAAUGAGUUUCUGCGCUGCGGCCUCAAGAAGAUCCUACCAGAGCUGAAGGAGACAGAGGAGCUCGACAUUCAACUGAAGGUGUUUAAUGAAAAUAAGGAGGAGGAUUCCAUCGAACUGUCUCACCGACUGGAUGACAUCCGCGCAGAAAUGGAAUAUCCUUUUUACCACUGCCUCGUGUGUGCGUGCAGCCGCAAGGGCGCCCGGUGUGGCUCAUAG